AUGGCAGCUUUGCUCAGCUCACCUUCUCAGGGGGAUUUCACCCAGACUAUAAUGUCUUUCUUGCGAAGUUGUAGCUCUCUCAAACAAGCAAAGCAAAUCCAUGCCUGCAUUCUCCGGAAUAAUUUGCCCCAAUAUCUCUACGCCAAACUAUUGCUUUUCUGCACUUCAUCUUCUCCGCCUCUUCCAGGCUGUGCUUUGGACUAUGCCACCCUUGUAUUUGUACAGCUCCAACAGGAGCCAACCAUUUUCAUGUGGAAUACCAUGAUCAGGAGCCACGCCAGAAACGAAGACCCCUUGCGAGCUUUAUCAUUCUACAUUCGGAUGAGGGACCGAUGCGUGGAACCCAAUAACUACACCUUCACCUUCCUCGUCAAGGCUUGCACAACUGACUCGUGUUUGUUUAGCUCAAUCGGCCGUGCUUUCCAUGCCCAGAGCAUUGUGUUCGGAAUUCCAAAUUCAGAUAUACAUCUUUACACCUCCUUGGUUAAUAUGUAUUCCAGUACCGUAGAUGGGGAUAUUGCAGCUGCCAGGAGUUUGUUUGAUAGGAUGAAACACAGGACAACUGCAACAUGGAAUGCUAUGAUUGCUGGGUACGCAAGACAGGGGGAUAUCGAGGCUGCCAAGGAGCUAUUUGACAAAAUGCCCGAUAACGAGGAGCAAUACUUCCAGAGAAGCAAGUUUGGUGAUGUAGGUAGACUGUUCGCUUCAGCACCUGUCAAGACUCUCUCGACUUGGAACUCAAUGAUUGCAGGUUGUGUGAGAGCUUCAAAGCCUGCUGAAGCAUUGGCCAUCUUCCAUCAAAUGCAGCUCGCUUGUGUAAGGCCCAAUGAGGUUACGGUGGUUAGCGUGCUUCCGGCUUGUGCUCAGUUGGGCGCUUUGGAAUCUGGUGAGUGGAUUCACCUUUAUGUGGAAAGAAACAGACUCGACAACAAUAUAUCGGUAUGCAAUGCGAUUAUAGACAUGUACUCCAAGUGUGGUUGCAUUGAAAAAGCAACUGCCAUGUUCAAGGGGAUGAAGAAGCGAAAUGUGGUGUCUUGGAACACGAUGAUCUCCGGGUUGGCAAUUCAUGGACGGGCGGAGGAAGCCAUUGAGCUGUUUACCAAGAUGGAGAGUGAAGGAGUAAUGCCUGAUGAGAUUACUUUUGUGGGACUAUUGAAUGCUUUUGCACAUGCUGGAGUCGUUGACAAAGCAUGGGUUUACUUUCAGAGGAUGCAAAAGAUUUAUGGUAUAGAGCCUAAAAUCGAACACUAUGGAUGCAUGAUCGAUGUUCUAGGGCGUGCUUGCCACUUGGAUGAAGCUCUAAAUCUCAUAAAUCAAAUGUCUAUUGAACCCAAUGCAGUUAUCCUGGGCUCGUUGCUUAGUGCUUGCAGAAACUGCAAUAAUUUAUGUCUAGGAGAGAAGGUAUUGAAGAAACUUGUAGAAUUAGAGCCUCUAAACUCCGGCUACUAUGUAUUGCUAUCAAACAUUUAUGCCUCCGCCCGGCAAUGGAAGGAUGUGAACAGAGUUCGAGAGUGGAUGAAGUGCAGAGGAAUUGAGAAGAUUCCCGGUUGCAGUUCAAUAGAGAUUGACAACACAGUCCACGAGUUCAUUGUAGGUGACAAGACACACUCACAAACCCAAGAUAUUUAUGCAAAACUAGAUGAGAUUUAUCAGAAACUGGAGUCGGCUGGUUAUGUGCCAGAUGCUUCUGUUGUAUUGUUUGAUCUGGACGAGGAGGAGAAAGCUCAAAAUCUUUUAGUCCACAGUGAGAGGUUAGCCAUUGCUUUUGGGCUGCUCAAGUUGAGUACAAACAAACCAAUUCGAGUGGUUAAAAAUCUCCGAGUGUGCAGGGACUGCCACUUAGCCAUAAAACUCAUGUCCCAAGUUUAUGGUCGGGAAAUUGUUCUUAGAGAUUGCAACCGAUUCCAUCACUUCAGAGAUGGUCGGUGCUCUUGUAACGACUUUUGGUAA